CUUGAAUUUCUGAAUGGUCAAAUCCACGGUGAACAAUUGGCUGACAAUAUGGGUAGCAACGAACAGGAGACAUCUAAUGAUAAUGAAAGUACAAUCGAUGCUGAGUGUAAUGAGAAUGAUACUGAGAUAACCAACCACAACCUGUCUAACCCUGCGACGCCUUCAACAUCAACUGCAUCAUCUACACGUCGUAAACGACAAGCCAAUGAAGAAAUUGCAAAAACAAUAUCGUUGAUAGGUAAGAAAUUAGAAAAGCCUGAUGAUGAAUACGAUGCUAUUGGAAAAAAUGUCGCACCUAAACUUCGUAAUAUGACUGCUACUCAACAAGGCAUAGCUGAAAAACUAAUCAGUGAAAGUGUUGAAUCGGCUGUUUAA